ACUAAACCAAAUUGAAGAAAAAACAAAAAAAAGAAGAAAAAACUAACCCAACGAACGCAUCGUAGAGCAUUCAACAACUUGUUUAUUUCAAAAUAUAAGUGUAUAUAUAACAAAAGGCGAAAACCUGAAAGCGCGUAUAUCUUAUAAAUAGUGCGCUUUGUUUCGGCACCAGACGCUGGCGACCAUCGGCAACCACACCAACACCAGCAACAGCAACAACACCCAGCAAUAACAACAACAACAACAAGUGGCAGCCGUCUUGACGUAGGUCAGGCAACUGCGAGAGCCAACAUCAAUAAAUAAAUCUCAAACUAUGCGCUGAUUGAGCUGCCGGCACAAAGUCGUAACGAACAGCUGUCCGUCUCUCAGUCAGUCCACCUCGACUCCCCUAAAUCAGCCCAUGCUGUGCCGGCUGCCCUACGCGGUGUUCCAUAGCAGCUCCGUCGAUUGUUGAAAGUGCACAAAAUGCUACACUGGUCAUUGAUUGUCAGCGCCCUGGGCGCCAUUGUCGCUGUGCUGUGCGCCUACUGCGGCUGGUCACUGUUCCCCACCAUGAUACACAAGAAGGUCGAACAGAGCGUGAUCAUAGCCGAUGGCUCGGAACAGUUUAAUCGCUUUAUAAAGCUACCACAGCCGUUGAACUUUAAGGUCUACAUAUUUAAUGUCACGAAUCCCGAUAUGAUACAGCAAGGUGCCAUACCAAUUGUCGAGGAGAUUGGACCGUAUGUCUACAAACAAUAUCGUCAGAAGAAGGUCAAGCACUUCUCGCGAGAUGGCUCCAAGAUUACCUACGUGCAGAAGGUGCACUUCGAUUUCGAUGAGGAUGCAUCGGCGCCCUACACACAGAGCGAUCGCAUUGUGGCGCUCAAUAUGCACAUGAAUGCCUUUUUGCAAGUAUUCGAAAGAGAAAUCACAGAUAUCUUACAGGGUUUUGCAAAUAGAUUGAACUCGCGAUUGAAUCGCACGCCCGGCGUACGAGUCUUAAAGCGUCUGAUGGAUCGUAUUCGCGGGAAACCGCCCUUUAGCUGGGUUAACGGCAUCUUAGUCAGCCUUAUUGAAGAUGUCAAAUCGGUGCUGCAGAUCGGCGAGAAUGACCCGGGUCUGGCGCUGCUGCUGGUGCACCUGAAUGCCAACCUGAAGGCUGUCUUCAAUGACCCGCGCUCCAUGUUCGUCCACACCUCGGUGCGCGAGUACCUGUUCGAUGGGGUGCGCUUCUGCAUCAAUCCCCAGGGCAUUGCCAAGGCCAUUUGCAAUCAGAUCAAGGAGAGCGGCUCCAAGACGAUACGUGAGCAGAGCGACGGCAGUCUGGCCUUCUCCUUUUUCGGACAUAAAAACGGCUCUGGCCACGAGGUCUACGAGGUGCACACGGGCAAGGGCGACGCCACGAAGGUGCUGGAGAUCCAGAAGCUGGACGACUCGCACAACCUGCACGUCUGGCUCAACAGCAGCAACGAGGGCGAAACCUCGGCUUGCAAUCAGAUCAAUGGCACCGACGCCUCCUCCUAUCCGCCAUUCCGGCAGCGCGGCGACUCCAUGUACAUCUUCAGCGCGGACAUCUGUCGCUCCGUGCAGCUGUUCUAUCAGUCGGACAUACAGUACCAGGGCAUACCGGGCUUCCGGUACUCCAUAGGCGAGAACUUCAUCAACGACAUCGGACCCGAGCACGACAACGAGUGCUUCUGCGUGGACAAGCUGGCGAACGUGAUCAAGCGCAAGAAUGGCUGCCUCUAUGCGGGUGCACUGGAUCUGACCACCUGCCUAGAUGCGCCCGUCAUACUGACGCUGCCUCACAUGCUGGGCGCUUCGAAUGAGUAUAGGAAAAUGAUUCGCGGCCUCAAUCCCGACGCCAAGAAGCAUCAGACCUUUGUGGACGUGCAAACGCUGACGGGCACGCCUCUGCAGGGCGGCAAGCGAGUGCAGUUCAAUAUGUUUCUGAAGAGCAUUAAUCGCAUUACCAUCACGGAGAACCUGACGACUGUGCUUAUGCCGGCCAUUUGGGUAGAGGAGGGUAUUCAACUGAAUGGCGAAAUGGUGCAGUUCUUCAAGAAGAAGCUCAUCAAUACGCUGAAAACUCUGGACAUUGUGCACUGGGCGGGCCUGUGUGGCGGCGUGGGCGUGGCAGCCUUUGGCCUCAUCUACUACAUCUACCAGCGCGGCAGACCAGUCAAGGAGCUCGUCAAGUAGGCAGAGGCCGAGCCAGAGCCAGAGCCAGAGCUAGAGGCUGCGAGCAUCUAAAUGUUAUAAACUUAUUACAGCUCAUAAAGAGAAACUACUACUACUAUUAUUAUUAUUGUUAUUACUAUUGUAACACUCGACUAGAAUUGCUCACGAAUUUUUGUAUAUAAUUUAUUGUUUAAAUGUGAUUUUAUUAUAUUGUGAUGUAGCGCGUACUAAAAACUAUGUUU